CGGCACCAGCGUCGCCGCAGAAAGUAGCGUCCAACAUCCGGGGUUACUUGGCCAACAAGUUCGAAGCAGCUAUCCCAGACACAGGUUGCCCGAGACCCGCCUGUUCAUUGUUGAUCGCCUGCCAUGACAUCUGGCUAAUUUGGGGUUCUGCUUCCGCUUCCGGCUAAAGGGGAUGAUGAUGAUGAUGAUGACGAUGCAGGCACCAACAACGUCUCGUUCCCAUCCGACCAUCAUCUCGCACAACACCGUGCAGCCACCGUCGCUACUACAACCGGAAGUCACACACUAAAACCUUCCUUACACUACCAAAACAAAUAUCACAUCAAUAAAUUCCUGAUCUUAUAGUAUCACAUGUUCAGAAACUAAAGCAAUUUCAAUUUAUAGAAUCGUCUGUUAUAUGAUGGUCAUUAUUUCAGUAAUUUUCAGAGAGCCGUAUUGUGGAACCUUUGCAAAAUUAUAAAGGGAAUUGACGUAUAUGUAUCAUAACAUGAGAGAGCGAGAGAGAGAGAGAGACAGGACAACGAAAGGAACACAUAAAAGAAUCUUAAAAUAAAGGUCUCAGGAAACUCUUCCAAAAGGAACACGGACAGGAAACGUUACCAUAACCAAUCGCGACGACGUCGAACCCGUUUAUAGUUUGUUGCAAGUCCACCAUCAGCUACGUCACCAUGACUACAAUUCCAAUCAUCAACAUGGAGUUCGGCGAACUGAAGGACGCAAUAUGGACGAAGCUGCAAGAGCCAAAAUCGCAGAGAAAACUGAUUCUCGUAAUCGUAUCAAUAGCGCUGCUGUUGGAUAACAUGCUCUACAUGGUUAUUGUGCCUAUUAUCCCAGAUUACCUCCGUUACGUGGGGGCUUGGGGAAAACAGGAGUCACCGGAAGUUCCGAUCGCAAACUCUACCGUGCAAUCGGGUUCAAGACCAAUGCAUCCUGACCAUCACGGUCAGGAUCAAGCGACUGGUGUGCUUUUCGCUUCCAAAGCCAUUGUUCAGCUGAUGGUAAACCCUUUCUCUGGGGCCCUCAUUGAUCGUAUCGGAUACGAUAUGCCCAUGAUGAUCGGAUUGACUAUCAUGUUCCUCUCAACAGCUGUGUUUGCCUGCGGCCGUAGUUAUGGAUUGCUCUUCUUCGCGAGAAGUCUUCAAGGGGUGGGAUCUGCAUUUGCAGACACAUCAGGACUAGCCAUGAUCGCUGAUCGUUUCACAGAAGAAAAUGAACGUUCUAAGGCUCUCGGUAUAGCAUUGGCUUUCAUUAGUUUUGGUUGCCUUGUUGCACCUCCAUUCGGCGGAGCAUUGUAUCAGUUCGCUGGCAAGGAGGUUCCGUUUCUAAUACUUGCUUUCGUUUCCCUAGCUGACGGUUUUAUGCUUCUUCUAGUUAUGAAGCCAAUAAAGACACAGAUUAAAGAAUGUCGCAGUGAACGACCUCCUAGUAUUCCAAUUUGGCGUCUAUUCAUAGAUCCGUAUAUCGCGGUGUGUUCAGGAGCACUUAUGAUGUCUAAUGUAGCCUUAGCAUUCCUCGAACCCACGAUAUCUCUUUGGAUGGAAGAUAACCUCACAACUGAUAACUGGAAGAUUGGCAUGAUAUGGCUGCCAGCGUUCUUCCCGCAUGUGUUCGGUGUUAUCCUAACGGUGAAACUCGCUAAACGGUAUCCCCAAUACCAAUGGCUGAUGGCAGCUGGAGGUUUGGCGCUAGAAGGUCUCUGUUGCUUCAUUAUCCCUUUCUCUAGCUCCUAUAAAGUUCUCAUGAUUCCAAUCUGUGGUAUAUGCUUUGGUAUCGCGCUCAUAGACACUGCACUGCUACCAACUCUGGGCUACUUGGUUGAUGUUCGCUAUGUAUCAGUAUACGGCAGCAUAUACGCCAUUGCAGAUAUUUCAUAUUCGGUGGCGUAUGCCAUUGGUCCUAUUAUCGCUGGCGGAGUGGUCGAAGCCAUUGGAUUCACAGCACUCAAUGUGGGAAUUGCCUUCUCGAAUCUUCUGUACGCACCGAUGCUUAUGUAUCUGAGACACAUAUACGACUUCAAACCCCUUGAGAAUGAAGCGAACAUUAUGAUGGCCGACCCGCCAGAUAAAGAGUAUCAGACGUAUACAAUGCAUGAUCAGAAACCCGUGAUCGGAGAUUUCAAGAAUCAUCUUGAAUACUCGAGGUUUCCGGAUGAGAACUCUUCCAUAGCUAAUGCUUACUAUCCAGACGGCCAACCUACGCAAGUACAGGAAACAAAUGUCGACAAACACACGGCAGAAGGACCUAAUAGCUAUACAACUGGUGGCAGUAACUAUUACUCCGGACAACAAUACAGACAAGAGCCAAGUAACCAACAAUAUCAACAGCAGCAACAGCAUCAAUAUGCACAGCAUGCUUACCAGACACAGCCACAACAGCAGGGCUACCAAUCCCAACAACAGCGACAACAACAACAACAACAACAACCCAGUUACAGCAAUGUCAACGUACAAAGAUCAGAGUCGUCAAGAGGCGACACGAAUCCCUUCAGAGCUCAAGGAGCAGGAGGGGGGACGGAAGAAGGGGAUAAGAACCCUUUCCGCCAAGGAUUGGGGUAUUAAAUUCUAUAAUCCCGGGAAUAAAGAAGCAGAACUGAUUCCAAUAUCGUUCCCUAUCCAUGUGUGUCACGUGAAAAACUACUUCUAAUUGCUUAGAAUUUAAUUUAUGCAGUGAUAUGUUGAAAACUUCUAAUAUCUAAGCUGCUGUAAGCGUAAAACCAAGAUGUUAAAAAAUUAGCUUCUGUUCAUUUCAGACAUUUGAACAGCCAUAUUUGUACGCAUAUUUCUUGUCGGGUUUAUCGUGUUUUUAUUUUCUGUAUCAUUAGAGUAAAACUACAAAUAUCACCACAGAAAGAAAAUCAACUAAAUCUGCAUUAUGGAAAUUAUACACGUCAGUAAGACGAAGUGGAAAUGAACUGCAUUUAUCUUUUACAUCAUAGUUUUUAAAUAAUAUUAACAAAGAGAUAUAAAAAUAUGUAGAUACCGGAGAUCAGAUUAACUGUUCAAACGGAGUUACAGUUAGACUGAGAAACGACUAAGAUCUGGCAUAUAUCGAUUUUUGUCCCCGAUAUGAAUCCGCAAAAUUAUAAUCUUCAAUGUUGCAGAAAAUGAAAAGCUAUGCUACUUAGUGGUAACUUUAAAAUGAUUUUUCGUCUGUCAGCACAAAAUUUGUCAAUAAAAAAUGAAAAAAUAGACUCAUAUAUAAAAUUCUUUACAAUAUAUUCUGUGAAUGUUGCAAUAGUUCUUUCAAUCUCAAAUGACUUAGAAUAUUUAAAAAUGUAAAAUGUUAACAGCUUUAUAGAUUUUGUAGACCUCUGAAUUAAAUAUUCUAAGAUGUUUCCGGUUGAGAAGACAUUUAUAAUUUGUUUCUUUGGACAACCCUCCAUUCCAUAAAUUUAUAAAAACUAAUUCUGAAGCAGAAACACAAAUAUAUACACGUGAGCGUUCCGUUCGAAUUACAGGAGUGAAUACCAAAUUCCUAUAAUUGCUGUUUAUAGAACAAUUUACUUUGUGACAAAUGCAAAUGUCUUUAGUCUUACAUAAAAACAGCAUAAUUCACAAUUUGAAAGCUUUUUUCCUUAGUGCAAAUUUUCUUAGAUCCGUAACACAGAGAGAGAAGAAAUGUUAAUAAUAUGACGAGGAAGAAACAUGUCACGAGAUGUAAAAUAUUAUGGUCAGGUGUAAAAGUUAAUUCCUCCCCAAUAUUUUGCAUAUUAACAUGUUUCUCACCGCAUGUAACAGCAUAAUCUUUGGUUAAAGUGUCCAAAUAUAAAAAAUACUUUGAAUUAUAUGAUCUAAUUUUAAAACAAAAGACUUAGUUUUCAAAAUAAAAUCCCAGUUGAUAAGCCAUAAUUAUAUAAAAAAUUGAAUCCCUUAAAAUAAAAUACAAAUUCCUCUGAUUAUCCCCUCGCAUGACUGCUCUAGUUUUUAUUUAAGAGAAGUUUCAAAUGUAGUUUUAAUAAGAUAGGAAAAUCUGAUCGCAUCUAUAGCAGAGGACAGAUAACUAGUAAGGGUAUCGACAAACAAAAGAAGCUCAUUUUUUACGUUACAUAGUACUGGUGAGGUAUGAUUUGUAGGCAGUGCACUCUAGCGGUAAGAAUGGAAAACAAAUGAGCAUAUGGAUAUUACUGAAUUUAAUGCCAGUGUCAUAGAUAUAACUACAGAGGCUGAAAUGCUACAGUUAUGUAAAUAUGUUAUAUUUUUAUUAUCAUGCUUAUGUUGAAUCUGAGUAUUCUCUUUUUAUUACAUAAUACUUAGGUGAAUCACUUGAAAUAUUAAAUAUGUAACGACGUAAUGUUCAUUGCAUUGUAUUCAAUUUAGAAACAGUAUAUUGUAUAUGAAUAUGUAGAACUGUGUCACAAUUUAAAUAAAUUCAUAAUUGAACAUAUUUUGCACAAACAUAGUACUGUGUGUUUGUGUGUGAGUGUGUAUGAGAGAGAGAGGCUGUAUAUGAAGUGUGUUAUUGACGACAUGAGGAACACUAUAUCAUUAAGGGAUAUAAUAAUUUACGCGAAGAACUCUACUAACCAUCACUGUAAUUAUAAAAUAUUGUUAAAACUGUUGACUUGACUGGUGAGUGCAUGUUAGAAUUUUGCACAUACUCUCCAGUGAUUUGUGUUUUUAUUAAUUAGAAUACCUCCAUCAAAAUCACCAAAAUAGUAGGUAUAUUUAUAUGUCCAAUAGGUGUAAGAUUUUCUAUUAUGAACAACCAAGGUAAAACACAUAUCAAGUACUCAUAUUUAGGAAGAAGUUAAGAAGUGAACUGUUCAAAUAUGUGAUAUUGGGAGAGCAGAAUGACAUUGCUCUUCUAAAAAUUAUAGAUUGUAAUUAGACAUUUCUUGUUAAUAUGUUAUAGAUUAGUUAAGGCGACCCGUAGCAUUUGGAACUAUAGUUCUUAUUUCGGGAAGGGAUAAUGAACUAAUUUCAUAAUCUCCAAUACAGACAGGUAAGUUUUCAUUUGCUCUUCGAUACGUUUUCGGGAACUUACUAUUAGACUUGAAACAGCUGAACUAAGUAUUGUAACCUUACGUCAUGUUGGCCAGUCAGACCACUGCCCUUCCCCCCUUCCGAUGGUGAGAGGAAUAUCACAGUUUAAAGUACGGGAAUUAAGCAUUUCAAUGUAACUAUAUCUUUAUUGUGAUUGGAUUAUCGUUUGAGAAACAUUCUUUUACGUUUGUAUUGAAAGAAGUUGCCGAUCAUAGUGGCUGCGUGGUCUGAGGUAUGAACUGUCUUCACUCGCUCAAAUGCUGGGGUCGUGGG